GAGCAUGCCGGGAGUUGUAGUCCGCACUCGUCUGUCCGUGGGGUCCGAUGGGAGUUGUAGACAGAGGCCCUGUGGAGCAUGCUGGAAGUUGUAGUCUGCGCCAGCCUGUGGAGGGGUCUGCGUAUCAUGGCCGCCUACGCCGCGCUCUCGUACUCUUCCGCUUGGCCGCAGAAAGUUUCGGUUCUGUCCCACCGUGGGCCCACGAGCGCGUGCCACCACGGAGUCUGACCGCUGCUGAGCGGCCCCAGGCAGGAGGCCCACAGCCAGGAAAGGCGGCCCCUGACGGUCACGGUUACCAUGGCGUCCACCAGCGUGGAGAGCCAGCUGCAGAGAAUCAUCCGUGAUUUGCAAGAUGCUGUGACAGAACUAAGCAGAGAAUUUAAGGAAGCAGGGGAACCCGUCACAGAUGACAGCACCAGCUUGCAUAAGUUUUCUUAUAAACUUGAGUAUCUCCUUCAAUUCGAUCAGAAAGAGAAGGCCACCCUCCUGGGCAACAAGAAGGACUACUGGGAUUACUUCUGUGCCUGCCUGGCCAAGGUGAAAGGAGCCAAUGACGGGAUCCGAUUCGUCAAGUCUAUUUCGGAGCUCCGAACAUCUCUGGGAAAGGGAAGAGCAUUUAUUCGCUACUCCUUGGUGCACCAGAGGUUGGCCGACACCUUACAGCAGUGCUUCAUGAACACCAAAGUGACCAGUGACUGGUACUACGCAAGGAGCCCCUUUCUGAAGCCAAAGCUGAGCUCUGACAUCGUGGGCCAACUCUACGAGCUGACCGACAUCCAGUUUGACCUAGCAUCGAGGGGCUAUGACCUGGAUGCUGCCUGGCCGACGUUUGCCAGGAGGACCCUGGGCACUGGCUCUUCUGCUUACCUAUGGAGACCCCCCAGCCGAAGCUCCAGCAUGAGCAGUUUGGUGAGCAGCUACCUGCAGACUCAGGAGAUGGCCUCCCACCUUGACCUGAGCAACCCCUUAAACCACGAGGCACUGGAGGGCUUUGACGAGUUGCGGCUGGAGCUGGACCAGCUGGAGGUGCGGGAGAAGCAGCUGAAGGAGCAGAUGCAGCAGCGGGACCGAGAGAACGAGGAGCUGAGGGCGGCCGUCAGCCUGCGUGGAGAGCAGCUGCAGGCAGAGAGAGAGAGGGGCCGCGCCGCCGCCGAGGACAACCUUCGCCUCGCCGGUAUGGUGGCCGCGCUCCGGAAGCAGUGGGAAGUCACCCAGGCCACACAGAACACUGUGAAGGAGCUGCAGAUGUGCCUGCAGGCCCUGGAGCUGGGGGCCUCGGAGAAGGAGGAGGAUUACCGCUCAGCCCUGCGGCGGCUGGAGUCCCUACUGCAGCCCCUGGCUCGGGAGCUCGAGGCCACACGUGACUCCCUGGGCAGGAAGGACCAGCGCUCAGCUGAUGUCCCAGACCAGCUGGGUGCAGCCGAGCAGAAGGCUGACGUGGCACUGGAUGCAAAGGGGCGGCAAAAGCGCAUCCCCAGUGACUCGCCCCUGGAGACUCAGGAGCUGGGGGAGAAGCUCCUGGAAAGGGAGAGCACCUGGGUCCAGGAGCUCAACAGGCAGCAGAGCACCCAGCUGGAGCAGCUGUCCAAAGAGCUGCAGCUGAAGGAGGAGGCCCGGGCCAGCCUGGAGCGCCUGGUGGAGGAGAUGGCCCCGCUCCGGGAAGAGCUGUCCAGGAAGGGGCAGGAGGCAGCCCAGCUCCAGCGUCAGCUGCAGGAGUCGUUGGCCCACUUGAGCUCCCUGGAGGACGAGCUCGCGGAGGGGCGGCGGCAGGAGCAGCGGCGGCAGGAGGAGAAGGAGCUGCUGGAGCAGGAGGCCAGGUCCCUGACGCGGCAGCUGCAGCUCCUGGAGACCCAGCUGGCCCAGGUGAGCCAGCACGUGAGUGACCUGGAGGAGCAGAGGAAGCAGCUCAUCCAGGACAAAGACCGCCUCAGCCAGAGGGUGGGGGCGCUGGAGCGACUCGCUGCGCAGUCCGGCCCAGAGCUGCCCGUGGCGGCUGAGGAGCGCGAGGCUCUGAGCUCCACCCUGCAGCAGGCCUGUGAGAAGCUGGAGGAGAAGCUGGAGGAGGAGCCGCGGGGCCCGUGGGAGGAACAGGUGGACGAUCCCAGGAUGCAAGGGGCCGGCCAGGAGAAGAAGCUCCAGCAGGCCAACAGGGAGCUGGAGAAGGAGCUGCAGAAUGUGGUGGAGCGCAACCAGCUGUUGGAGGAUAAGCUUCAGGCCCUGCAGGCUGACUACCAAGCGCUGCAGCAGCGCGAGGCAGCCAUCCAGGGCUCCCUGGCCUCCCUGCAGUCAGAGCAGGCCAGCAUCCGGCGCAUGGGAGACCAGAUGGAGGCAAGCCUCCUGGCUGUGAAGAAGGCCAAGGAGACCAUGAGGGCCCAUGUGGCUGAGAAGGAGGCUGCCCUGCAAAGCAAGGAGGCCGAAUGCCAACAGCUGCGGGAGCAGGUGGAGCAGUGCCGGCAGCUAGCAGAGGCCCGGGCGGGGGAGCUCAGAGCGCUUGAGGACCAGUGCCGCCAGCAGACCCAGCUGAUCGAGACCCUCACGGCAGACAAAAGCCAGCAGGGGUCCAGCACACCUCAAGACCACGCGUCCCAGGAGCUAGCAGCCCAGCUGGCCCUGUCUCAAGCGCAGCUGGAGAGCCAGCAGGGGGAGGCCCAGAGACUGCAGGCUGGGGUGCUGGACCUCCAGGCCAAGCUGCAGGCAGCCCUGGGUGACCGGGAGAAGGUGCAGAGCCAGCUGAGCGUGGCCGAGGCCGCUCUGAGGGAGCACAAGGCCCUCGUGCAGCAACUGAAGGAGCAGAACAAAGCCCUCAACAGGGCCCACGUCCAGGAGCUGCUGCAGUGCUCGGAGCGUGAAGGGGCACUGCAGGAGGAGAGGGCCGGAGAGGCCCAGCGGAGGGAGGAGGAGCUCCAAGUAGUGUGGGAGGAGCUGUCCCAGGCAAAAGGCGGCUCCGAGGAGGCUCAGCUAGAACAUGCUGAGCUGCAGAAGCAGCCGCACCGGGCCAACACGGAUAUGGCCGAGCUCGGCAUCCAGGUCUGCGCGCUGACCGCGGAGAAAGAGCCGGUGGAGGGGGCGCUGGCCCACGCCAUGCAAGAGCUCCAGGAUGCCAAAGAGGCAUCCCCCAAGGAGUUGGAGGGCCUGGAACACCAAGUGGCAGGGCUGCGGCGAGAGAAGGAGAGCUUGCAGGGGAAGCUGAAGGCAGCUGAGGAGGCAGCUGGCUCACUGCCUGGCCUGCAGGCCCAGCUGGCCCAGGCCGAGCAGCAGGCCCAGAGCAUCCGGGAGACUGCACGCCAGGAGCUCGACACCCUCAAGUUCCAGCUGAGCACCGAGAUCAUGGACUACCAGAGCAGACUUAAGACCUCCAGUGAAGAAUGCAGGAGCCUCAGGGGCCAGUUGGAGGAGCAAGGUCGGCAGCUACAGGCCGCCGAGGAGGCUGUGGGGAAGCUGAAGGCUGCCCAGGCCGAUGCGGCGGAGAAGCUGAGCUGCACCAGCAAGCACCUUGCCGAGUGCCAGGCCGCCAUGCUGAGAAAGGAUGAGGAGGGGGCCGCCCUGCGCCAAGACUUGGACAGGACCCAGAAGGAACUUGAAAAAGCCACGACAAAGAUCCAGGAGUAUUACAAUAGACUCUGCCAGGAGGCGACAGACAGGGAGAAGAAUGACCAGAAGAUGCUUGCUGACCUGGAUGACCUGAAUAGAACCAAGAAGUACCUGGAGGAGCGGCUGAUAGAGCUGCUCAGGGACAAGGAUGCUCUCUGGCAGAAGUCAGAUGCCCUGGAAUUCCAACAGAAGCUCAGUGCUGAGGAGAGGUGGCUGGGGGACACGGAGGCGAACUACUGCUUUGACUGCAAGCGGGAGUUCAGCUGGAUGGUGCGGCGGCACCACUGCAGGAUAUGCGGCCACAUCUUCUGUUACUACUGCUGCAACAACUACGCUGUGAGCAAGCACAGCAGCAAGAAGGAGCGCUGCUGCCAGGCCUGCUUCCAGAAGCUGAGCGAGGGCCCCGGGUCCCCCGACAGCACCAGCUCGGGCACCAGCCAGGGAGAGCCCAGCCCCGCCCGGUCACCAGCCCAGGCCGCACCCCAAGCCACCAGAGGCCAAGGUGCUAACACAGACUGCCGGCCGCCAGACGAUGCCGUGUUUGACAUCAUCACAGAUGAGGAGUUGUGCCAGAUACAGGAGUCCGGCUCCUCCUUGCCUGAAACACCCACCGAAACUGAUUCUCUUGACCCAAACGUGGCUGAACAGGACACCACGUCAAACUCGCUAACCCCUGAGGACACUGAAGACAUGCCCGUGGGGCAGGAUGCUGAAAUCUGCUUGCUGAAGUCGGGAGAACUGAUGAUAAAAUUACCCCUCACGGUGGAAGAGAUCGCCAACUUCGGGGAGGGCAACAGGGAGCUGUUUGUGAGGUCCAGUACCUAUAGCCUCAUCCCCAUCACCGUGGCCGAGGCAGGCCUCACCAUCAGCUGGGUCUUCUCCUCCGACCCCAAGAGUAUCUCCUUCAGUGUGGUGUACCGGGAGGCGGAGGACACGCCGCUGGAUGAAUGUAAGGUGCUCAUUCCCACAACCCGAUGCAAUUCCCACAAGGAGAACAUCCAGGGCCAGCUCAAGGUCCGCACACCAGGCAUCUACAUGCUCAUCUUCGACAACACCUUUUCCAGGUUUGUCUCCAAGAAAGUAUUUUAUCACUUAACGGUUGACCGGCCUGUGAUCUACGAUGGAAGUGAUUUCCCGUAGCCUCAAGCACGUGGAUUUUAAUAGUUUCCCAUUACCCACAGGAAACACUACUCUUCCUCUCCUGUCACAUAAAGCACUUACAAAACCCAAAAAACAAAAAACAGCUGCUCUGAAGCUAUCAAGAUCCACUGUGCAACUUUAAGAGACGGGCCCUUGGCUGCUCCUUGGAGCUGGGUUGUUCCUUGUACUCAGCACCAUGCACGUCACUCUUAGCCCUGUGGCUUAUAAGGGCUCAAGCAACGUUUCCAUUGUCCUCACACCCAGAGGGACACUAUGCCAAAGUUUUAAACACUCAGGAGACCAUUGGCCUCUCCUGGGGGCACAGUUGGUUCCAGGCCUCCUGUGGAGAGUUUCCCAGGCCAGAGAGGAUCCCAACUUCUGCUCAGGGAGAGACAUGGCCCCUCUGUGCCCAGCCUGGGGCCAUGCAUCAUGGGUGACCAUGAGCUGGGAUGCCCUGGCCAGACCCUGUGAGGCCCUCGAGUCCUCCCAGGAAAAGGAGGUCGGGGCACCCAGGGGCCCACCCAAGAUCCCAACCAGCCUCCUCCAUCAUGCUCCUGUCCCUUCCUGCCCCGUGAGUCCAGGGCUGCUCCAGAACUCGGCCAUUUCAGAGGGGCCUCCAGCUGCACUUGCCUCCUGGCCCUUCUGUCUGGGCAAUUCUGUCCUCAAGCAAAGCCCUUCACUCAGCCAGGCCUCUCAACAGCUCAAAACAUCACCCUAAGAAUCAGAACUGAAGCUAAUCCAGGGAACAGAACCCACCUACUGGGGGCCUGCAGUGCUGUCUGUCUACGGAUGGCCAGAGCCCAGAUGCUGGGUAAUGUCAACGCCAUGACCAAAACACAGGGUUGUGCAUCAGCCUAUAGGGCUCACUCCUCAGCUGACAGCCUGUCUUUGUUUAUAUCAAUAAGAGCUUCUGCCUCACCUGCAGAUAUGUUUACUAAUGAUCAUAAAUCAGGGUAGGAACCACUUUUAAAAAUUGGGGCUUCUUAACAGAAGUCUUUGGUAACUCAAGUGUAAACAGGCAUAAUUCAUGAAUCUGCUCUUGGCUUACCUCUUGGUCCCUCCUCCCCACCUACCAGAUUCCCCACACCCCGUUUGCCCACUUCCUGCUGCUCAGCCUGCACCUGACACCUGGGAGCUGCCUCCCUCUGGGGCCAAUGAAUCCUCCGUCCUUUUCCAGGACGAGAAGGAGAUAAGCUUCCUGUUCUCUGUGGCCCUCUUCUCCCACCAGAGGGCUCACCUUUGACGGCCUUUUUGUGCCCUGUUCACCGGGCAGUCAGGACCCAGGUACUUCCACAGUGAGUAGAGCAUCUGACAAAGCAGCCCACCUUGGCUGGGGACAAGGGAGAGGGCGCCGGGCAGGGUGACUGUGGGUCUGAGUGCCGGGUCCAGCCAGCCCUCCAGCUAGCCUGGUGACUAAGCCAAGCCACACCACCUCGAAGCUUCAUCUCGUCGUUCACAAGCCUGGUCUGACCAGUUCCGAGAGCUGGAGAAUGGGUCAGGAACCCCAGGCCAAGUUCAGCUCAGACCCCACACCCACCAUGCACCAGCAGAGAGGACUCGUGGGGCAGGGGCAGGAGGAAAUGACUUUGGCGAUGGACUCAGAACUUUGAUUUAAACAGGAGACUUAGGCACUCCCAGUCACUUUAAGUGGGGUUUGGGACAUGGUGAACAGAACCUUCCAGAGAGAUUAGCCCAGAGAAAAGCUGGACCUCUUGUGCUCUCUUUCCUGGGAGUAGCCGCCUGUGGCAGAAAGCCACGUCUCUAGCAUCUCCUCGAGCAAGGUCCUGACAGUGCUCAGCACCAGAAUGGAAAGAGCCAGGCCCCCAGAGACUCCCUAGCCUCAUGCUUGUCCCCACAGGGUGCCACACAGCCUGAAGAUGGUUCCAGGGCAAAUUAUCCUGCCUUUAAAGCCACCCACCCUCUUGGAAAGGAUAAUCAGAUGUAGCUAGUUCACCACAUGAGAGAGACUAACAAAAGAACCCAAAACAGUCUGGAAUCUUGGUUUGAGUGCUUAGCUUUCCCAGGAUACCGUGGAGACUCUGGCCAAGCUGAUGGCCUUCUGCUGGUAUCACCACCAUCACCUGCAGCUAAAACCAGCGUUUCGAGAGUAGCUGAUGUGUUUCCUGCGAAAGGCCUGGGACAUUCCAUCUGAGGCUGAUUCUGAACCUCUGUCACUCAGCCCAACUGUAGCUUAAAAAAUCACUUGGCUCUUGUGAAGCCAACCCAGAGCCACUCCCGCAGGAGAGCGUGGGCCCCUAGUGGCACCACAACAAAAGGUGGCUGCAGUUGUGCAAAAAGGCCUUUGCUGUGUUCAGAGACCUGCCCCCUGACCCCUGGUCACACCCCGCUUCUGCAGCGUAUUUAUUUUUUGUGCUGAAUGGACUCAUGUCCUUUGUUACUUUGCUGUGCGAGCUCAGGUUUGCUGUGCACUACGCAGCUAGAGAAUAUCUACGGCUGCAAAUAUGCUUGCAGCCAUAUUUAAGUAUGGCUUGUAUAAAUAGCUUUCUUAUUUUAAACAGGUUCCCAAUUUUACUGAGGUUUUGGGGUUGCAGUAUUUUUUUUUAAUGCAAACGACAAUGAAAGACAGCUAUUGAAAGUGGUGGCCCCAGCCAGUAGACUGAAUUACACUAGAAGUCAACAAGAAGGAAACAUCCUUGGGAUCUCAGAUCACUAUUUAAAAAUGAAAACAAAACCCCAGCAGUCCCUUGAUGGCCCAGCUCUCUGAAUAACUGUCACUCUUUAGUAUUGAUACCAGCCACCUUGCUCACCACUGUCUCAGAAGCCACUGAUCACCCUCGCCUAUGAACACAGCCUCUGUCAGGCACACUCAUACACCUCAAAGAAGGGCGUUUGGGAGAAAGUGUGGCCUCUGCAGAGCACUUCUGGCUGGAGCCCACCUACUCCAGGUCUACUGGACCAAGAGCAGGCAAGGAAAUUCUCAAGCAGGAACCACAUAGGGUUUAGAAAGUAGACGUGAAAAGCCACACUAUGUAAUUCAAAAAUAAAGGGGAUGGUUUUUCUGGCAAUUUUCAGCUGUCACUCACCUUCUGUGGUGAAGCCAUUACAGACUCAGAUGAAAAGAAAUCCCCAUUUGGGGAUGAAAUCUCAGAGUCUGUUUUAUGAUACUGGUUAGAUGUCCACUGACAUGGUUUUAUAGGAGUUUAAAUUUCAGAAGCCCACCUUGGUGACUGUACAUGGGAGAAUCCCAUCCUUGACUCAGAGGUUUUGAGAAUCAGCAGAGCCGCCAUCUGUGAUGCUCAGAACCAAGGGUUGCCCAGAGACUGGAGUCAGCCAUUCACAUUUACAAAAUGCUCACCCAAAAGGUACUUUUCAGUGGAACCUUGGGUAAGUUUCUCUCUUUUCAUUAUGCUUCUUCCAAGGAAACAGGAAAGACUGAGUUAAUAAUGCCUUUUCUCUCUUAAGCACUUUUUCAAAAUAGUAACGUACAUCUUUAAAUUUUGGGAGGCAUCUCUGAUAAAAAGGCUUCCUUAGAACCUUAGGACGAGUGUUAUCCAGAGAUGAUCCUGCCCCUGGUGGCUGCAGAGCAACAGUGAAGCCUCCGUUGGAUGGCUUCCAAAUCGGAAUUGCACUUUAAUUGACUAAUCCUCAGUUCUUGCAGCCUCACAGGAUAGCGGGUCUGGAAACCCAUCGCAUUCUUAUCUGCCAAAGAAUUACCCAGAAGCACAUCAAAUGUCAACAGUCCACCUGCACAGCAGGGGUGAGGAACUUUUGUAUCCCAAAACAUACUCCUUACAGCAUCUGCUGCACCAUUUGGGAAUGUCUUUAUUUUUAACCUCAGGAUUUAAAUAAACACUAUGUCAUUGA